AUGUCGCGAACACUCCCAAAACAGUUUAAUCCGCUCAUCCUGGCCGAGGUUGCUCCUACAUAUGAGGAGCUUCUUUCGCGCCGUCGUCUUGGAAAGACAAACCUCUCUGUAAAGCCUGCCCAGAUUGGCACCACAAACGCAACCAAGCCGGAGAACCUAGGCGUGUUCGAGUACGCCCACCUUCGUGCUCCGUUGCCCAAGGACCUGAAGGGCUCGGAGAUCUUCCCUUCCCACAGUCCCCAGCAGCACCCAGACACUUACUUCUUGAUGCGCCGUAGUAAGGAUGGAUUUGUCAGCGCUACUGGAAUGUUCAAAAUUGCAUUCCCCUGGGCGAAGGCUGAGGAAGAGCGCACAGAGCGUGAGUAUCUGAAGGCUCGGGAGUACACGAGUGAGGAGGAGGUUGCUGGCAAUGUGUGGAUCUCCCCCGCAUUUGCCCUUGAGCUUUCCAAGGAAUACCAAAUGUACGAUUGGGUGCGAGCACUGCUGGACCCAACGGACAUCAUUCAGAGUCCUUCCAGCGCAAAGAAACAGAUCACUCCCCCGCCGAAAUUCGAAAUCCCCGCCGAUGAGCCGCCCGUGUCACAGCACCGCAACCGCAGAGGUCGAUCCGCUUCUCCAAGCAAGAGGUUGGCAUCUCCUCGGAAGUCGCGUACCACCCGCACCACCAAGGACGUCCCUAGUACCCCGUCCACAACGGCCGCCAACGCUAACCUUCAGUCGGCACUGGAUAUCACUGCUUCAGCCCUGAUCCCUGAGUUGAUCCCUGAUUUGGCAGCUGUGAAUGCCGAACCGGAAGUUGUAUCCAGUAGAUCCCCUGGAAAGAGUGCAUUCAGCAUGCGCAAGUUAACGAGAUCUGCUACCGCGGAGCCCGAAGAAGAGACAAAGGAGGAGAAGAAGAAAGAAAAGAAGAAGGCCGAGAAGAAAGAGAAGAAGAAGGAAGAGAUCAAGGAACAGGAGGAGCCAGUCGAGGCUCCAGUGGCCGACGAUGCUACUGGUGCUAUCGAGACAACUCACACUACUGUUUCCUUGGAUAUGCCUAUCAGUCUACCAGAAGUGCCCUCUGCCGCUGAGACUGCAGAGAUGAUCGCCCAGGCUAAGGGCAUGGUGGAAGAGGCUAUCAAGGCGGAAGCUGAGGGCGCUACAGUGGAGUCCACAUCUGUAAAGAUAAUCAAGAAGCGCAAGUCGGAGGAGGACGAUGAAGAAGAGACAGCCGAAUCUUCCCAACGGGCCAAGAAAGCCAAGGUGCUCGAGAACAAGCUCAAGCAGGAACGUGUCCGUAACCGCUCUAUCUUCGGUGUCUCCGUGGCAUUUGCCCUUGCGGCUUCUAUUCCAUACUUUUUCUAA